AAUUGAAUUAUUGCAAGUUUAAUAUGCAACAAUAGAAAAUGUUAGUCAAGAUGUUAUAUAAUUGAGUGGUGUUAGAUGUUUUGAUUAUUUACAAUCUAUAAGAGAUUUUAUCAGUUAUACUUGUAUAUGUAUUGAUUUAAUUACAUGUAUGUGUGUACAUAGAUAAAUCAAGUAAAGUAUAAAAUGAACAAGGACUUGGAGAGAUAAACGCAGUUUUUAUAUUAAACUCAUAAGUAAACGGUUCUUAAGAGUGAGUGUGCUUAAUAUCCACAGAUUGCAAUCAUGGAGAAACAUGAUGUGCUGUUGCAAAUAAAUUUAGAGAGGCCUCUUUAUGAGCACGAAGCAUUGAAUCAAAAUUAUGAUUAUGAGAAACCAAAAUCAUUUUUGAUGCAAAGUGCAAGGAAUGUUAUCAGAUCGAAAGAUUGGAGAGCUUGUAUAGCAUCAACUGUACCAGCGGUGAAAUGGCUUAGCAAGUAUAAUUGGAGGGAAAACAUAUUGUAUGAUAUCAUUUCUGGUCUGACUGUAGCAAUUAUGCAUAUUCCACAAGGCAUGGCAUAUGCACUUUUAGGAAAUCUACCACCGGUGGUUGGCAUAUAUAUGGCCUUCUUUCCUGUUUUUAUAUAUUUUUUUGGCACAUCCAAGCAUGUAUCUAUAGGAACUUUUGCUGUGGUUUGUCUAAUGACUGGUAAGGUAGUAACAUAUUACUCAAAUCCAUUGACGGGUCAUACAUCUGCAAAUCUUUCGGAUGCUUUUUCACAAAAUCUUGAGGAUGUUACGUAUUAUACAUAUACACCCAUGCAGGUAGCAACAGCCGUGACAUUAAUGGUCGGAAUAUACCAGAUAAUAAUGUAUAUAUUCCGAUUAGGAGUUGUAACAACAUUACUGAGUGAAACUUUAGUGAAUAGCUUUACAACAGCAGCUGCUGUUUAUGUUUUUAUCUCUCAAAUCAAGGAUCUUCUUGGUUUAAAAUUACCAAAGCAAAAAGGAUAUUUUAAGCUAAUUUUUACUAUUAUAGAUAUAUUUAAAGAUAAAAAUACCAACAUAGCUGCAGCGAUAGUAUCAAUUGUAUCAAUUAUUAUUCUUGUUUUUAAUAAUGAGUUUCUGAAGCCAAGGGUAAGCAAAAUAUGUAGCAUGCCAAUACCCAUUGAACUCAUUGCAGUCGUCGGUGGGACCUUGGUUUCUCGAUAUUGCGAUUUACCAAAGAUUUAUGAUAUAGAAAUCGUCGGACAUAUUCCAACGGGGCUUCCCAAACCAGAAGUGCCAAGUCUGGAAUUAUUACCUUUGGUAGCGAUCGAUAGCAUCGCAAUAACCAUGGUUUCGUACACCAUCACCAUAUCGAUGGCAUUGAUUUUCGCGCAGAAACUUAAUUAUGAAAUAGAUUCUAAUCAGGAACUUCUUGCAAUGGGCUUCAGUAAUGUAAUGGGCUCUUUUUUCUCGUGCAUGCCGAUAUCGGCUUCCUUAAGCAGAUCUCUCAUUCAACAAACUGUCGGAGGACGCACACAAAUAGCGAGCAUUGUGUCUUGCUUACUGUUGUUCAUUAUACUCUUAUGGAUCGGGCCAUUUUUCGAACUGCUACCAAGAUGCGUGUUGGCCUCCAUAAUAGUUGUAGCGUUAAAAGGAAUGUUCCAACAAGCUAAUCAGCUCGUUAAAUUUUGGAAACUGAGUAAAACCGAUGCCACAAUUUGGAUUGUAACAUUCUUGAUUGUGACGCUGAUAAAUAUUGACAUUGGGUUGCUGGCUGGAUUACUAGUGUCGCUAGCCAUUAUUCUACUGCAGGCUAUUCGACCCUAUGCGUGUUUGCUGGGUCAUAUACCACAUACGGAUUUAUAUUUGGACUUAGACAGAUAUAAAGCGGCGGUAGAGAUACACGGAAUAAAAAUAUUUCAUUAUUGCGGCACUUUAAAUUUUGCCAAUAACAAUUACUUUAGAUCUAUCGUGUACAAACUCGUAGGAGUAUGUCCCCGAAAGAUGAUGAAGCAUGGAAAAAAAUUAGCCGAGGAGAACCAUUUUCUAGAUGAUAAAGAUUCUGAAGGUAGACAUGAAUUGCAAUGCAUAAUCAUGGACAUGAGUGCGUUGAGUUACAUCGAUCCCAGUAGCGUUCAGAUGUUGCAUUUUAUCGUCGAAGAAUUCACGGAGGUGAACAUCAAGUUUUAUUUUGUCAAUUGUCCAAGUCCCAUCUUUGAAGUGAUAAAGAAAUGUGAUUUAUAUAUAUAUGGCGAAAUGUCGUUGAAAAUUUUUGCAACUAUACAAGAUGCCGUCACUUACUUUCGAAGCGAAACUUCUUCAAGAUAAUAAAAAAUAGUUUUUCUCUCUCAUGUAUAUGCUGUGUAUAAGACAUAUUUUUGAUAACAUUGUUAACUACAUAAUGGAAGAAUAUGCAGUUAUAUUUUGCAUUCUAUUUCAAUAUUGCUCCUUACAUUGUAUUUAAAAGAUCCUAUAAAAUAAUAUUGACAGAGAAAUAUUUUUUAUCGAGUAUCAAUCUUUAAUAAAAAAGUAUAUAGUGCUCAACACAGCAUAUUUAUAGAUUGCAUUAAAAACGUAAAGUGAUAUACAAAUGUACUUCAAAAAAAUACUUCGUAUUCAAUUUGUUUGUACUUACAGCAAUACUUAAGAUUUUUUUGCAAAUUUUGAACCAUUAAUAUAUUUUUUGUUAUAUGUAUCAUAAAUAUUGUUUAGUGCAAGAAGGAGAAAAUAAUAAUAACAUGUAACUGAGCAAUCGUCUUGUUUAUUUACAGCGAUUACCCUAUGUACAAUGCGACAGUUUCUAGUUAUUCUGACUGGGAUAACUAGAUACGACUGUCGUAGUCAGUUUUACUGUGCCUUUCGUAAUUAUAGAGUCGGUAAUUAGCAUUCUAUAUAUUUCCUAUUUGUAAGACACAAUUAUUUUUUCUAAUAACUCGCGGCAGUGUUGCCCACAGAUUGAUUAUUGAUCGACUGCAUUGUAUAAUGUCACAAAAUAAAUAUUCGAAAAUAAGUGACGGAGCACAUUGUUCAACAAUGGUACGGCACAAAGAUCAAAUUGAAAUUGCUUUAUACGUUUUUCUUCUCUAAAUCCGACGAUCGAAUAUUCGACGAUUCAAUCGGAACAUGUCUUCUGACAUUUAUGCCAGACCAUACUUUUUCUUGAGAGACUCUGGCAUCUCGGGUGGUGGAGGACGGGGCAUGCGCAACCAGACCUUAACGGCGUCAUAGAUGAACCAUUGUGCUGCGGUUAGGGUACCGAUCAUUACAAUCCUCGGUCCUAGGCCCUUCCACACGCCCAUAACGCCGAGUUUCUUCAGGACGUCGCCCGCGGACGCUCCCUUUUCUUGGUUUAAUUUCGACACCACCUGAUGUAAACAUUUAUAUGUUUUAUAAAUCUGAAAUAUGGGGAAAACUUGUGGUUAUAUGUAUAAAAUUUACCGUAUCUGCUGGAUGAGAUACGAUGGCGCAGAAUACACCGGCGAUGUAGCCAGCCGCAAAAGUGACUAUCAGUUGUUCGCCUUUAGUGCACUCCGCUCUAGGCUUAGGUACUACAUGUUUAUACAGAAGUUCAACGGUACGCUCGAAGCAGGCGAAUUUCAUCAUCGUGUACGGAAUUUGACGCAUCCACAGAGGCACCAGACCCUUGUAGAAACUGGUAAGACCUUCCUCCGCGUACAUCUUCGGCAUCGCUUGUCGCAAAGUGUUGGCGAAUCCAGGUGUAGUUUGUAUCUUGACCUAGAAUUUCGAAGUCUCAUUGUAUAAAAUAGUACAUAAUAUGAUAGGUAAUCUAUAAUUGUCCAAUUUAAGCAAUUGAAAAAAAAGGAGAACAUCGAGCAAUUUGAUACCUUGGCAGCUUCAAACGGCGCCAAGCCAAUAUCUGCAAAGAAUUCUGCAGAAGCCGACGAUAUCAAAUACAACGAGGUUCUGUAUUCGUAAGAGAGUUCUUCGCCGGCCAACGCUGCAUACUGAACUUUAAAAACCUCAUAGAGACCAAAUUUGAACAUUCCCUGAAUAGAAUAGCCGAAGAAGGUAGGCGCCCAUCCCCUCACCAAUCCUCGAGUGCCGUCUUCGGCAAAUGUUACCUACAAUCAACAAUAUCUGUGAUGAGUAUUAUAUUUUUAGAGAAAUUUAAAAAGACAGCAUAAUAAAGGAUAAGAAUUACUCGAAAUCCAUUAAACACUGAUUUAUAUUUGCCAGGGUCCACUUGAAUUCGGCAUUUGACUAAAUCUAAAGGAGUGAUACCGGUGUGAGUGAUACCGCAAGACAAAAUUCCUCCGAGACCACAUAACAAGAAAUAAUGGUUCGAUCCAAAUUCGCAGCUAUCUGUAAAUAUGCAAAAUACAUCAUCUUAAUUUUUA